UUUUGGCUUGACGCAGGUCUACGCUCCCCCCGCGGCACCACCCCCACUGUGGAUAUCGUGUUUGUCCAUGGUCUGAAUGGAAACCCCAAGGACUCGUGGACCAGCAAGUCUGGGUGCUUCUGGCCCGCCGACCUGUUGCCUGAAGUCCUGGGCUCUGCUCGAAUCUUGAGCUAUGGUUACAAUGCGAACGUAACUGCCUUCACUGACGGGGCCUCGCGCGACUCGAUCGUCAGCCACGCGGAGACCCUGGCAUCCACUCUUGCGGCCAACCUCGUUAAACGAGCGCUGAUCUACAGUCGCAGCCUGUCCAACGAGAAAACCGAACAUCUGCGCUCUGUUUACGUCUCGACCUUCGGUAUCCUCUUCCUUGGCACACCGCAUAACGGCUCCGAUGUUGCAAAAUGGGGCCUCCUGUUACACAAUAUCUGUACCGCUGUUUUGCCCAAGAAGUUUAUGGAGGGGUCAUCCCAGCUGGUCCAGUCGCUUCGUACCAACAAUGAGACUUUGCAGCAUAUCAACAGUCUGUUCGCUGAUAUCCAAACUCGCUUCCAUAUUUACUUUUUCCAUGAGACGCGCUCGAUGGAUGUUCGCGGAACCCGUGUGCUCAUUGUUGACGAAGCAUCCGCUGCUCCUUACAUGGAUGGCGUGGAGCGCAUGGGUAUCGAAGCCGACCACAGUCACAUGUGCAAAUUUGACAAUGAGUAUUCGCCUGGCUAUGAAGUUGUGGCCGAAGCCAUUCUGCGGUACUCUCGCGAGGCGCCCGCCGUGAUUGCCAACCGUUGGGUUGAAGAACACAGGACCCGUGAACUCACCAAGAAACUGAAGGCUCAAGAAAUAUACGGCGACAGAGAAGAACACAUGAGUGAAAGCGUGCCUAAUCCAACAACCGGUGAGACCUCACACCAACACAUGCUCCCCGCCCCGGAAGACUCAGUUACCUUGAAGCACUAUGAGAUCGAGGAGCCUUCUACAAGCUUGCUGACUUGUUCAAUAGGCCCACAUGUACCGUUAUUGCCCCCUGGGCCUGCGUCAGAAGGUCAAAGGACCCCACCUCCAGAACUCACAGAGAGCGCAGAUAGCCUUCCACGGGUCAGAAAAGAUGCGCAACUUUUCGUUGCGCCACCAGGGUUCCACCCUAACCUGACCUUUUACGGUAUGAAAAGAGAAAUGGAAGUUCUUCAUACCCGUUUGUAUAGAGCAAAAGGUCGCAAAGAUCGAACAAUGGCUGUCCUCAUCUCCGGAGUCACCGGGUCCGGUAAAACGCAUCUUGCCCGGCAGUAUGUUUUUACAUAUAGGGAAUGUUACCCUGGGGGUAUUUUCUGGAUCGAUGCCAAGUCACGCGAGUCGGCGUAUAAAUGUUUCUGGGACAUUGCCCAGAGAGCAGGUAUUAUUGCUCGCGGAGAGGCUCAGGACCCGAAUUACAAGGAGUCAAGGACCUAUGUGACUGAUGUCCGAGACUGGCUUGAGAAGCAGGACCAAUGGCUUUUGGUCUUUGACGGCAUCACAUUUGACCACGACGAUGAUAUCAAUGGAUUCCGACCUUUCCUUCCUUGGAACAAGAGGUGCAGCAUUAUCUAUACUUCAGUCGACACCACGCUUCGAAGGAAGUCACGACUUUUUGAGCCCUAUUGCAUAUUAAUCUCUCGGCUGAGUGUUCAAGAUGCCUGUGAUCUUUUGUUCAGAGACCUCGGGAUCAAAAAGCCCACGCCGGAACAGGCUGCCAGGGCCACGGAAAUUGUCGAAUAUUACGAAUGCUUGCCGCUAGCAAUUCAUGCUAUUGGUCAUCGGCUGAACGCAACGAGCAAGCCCAUCGAGAAACAUAAAGUGAAACAUCACCCAACCGACAAGAAGCUAGCCGAGCCAUUCCUCAGCAUCAUGAAUGAUCUGUUCCGAUUGAAACAGUUCCAAGCGCUAAACCUCAUCAACCUACUCUCAUUUCUUGGACAUCAUAUUCCAGUUGGAUUGCUCCAGUUUGGAAGACACGCAAUGUCCGCUAGAAAUGUGGAGAUUCUCACGAGCAACAGCAUGGGAGAAGACCCCGACCUUGACACGACUUUGGGGACCUUGAUUCAUUAUGGUCUGAUUGAACGCACGACUAGUGCGCAAUCUUUCGUGACGGAAACUUCUGCUUCUGCAUCUCACUCUGCAGACGAAGUCCAUUCGGACGGGAAGACUGUUCCAGAAUUAGCGGAAUCGUUCACCGGGAAUAGCCAAGAUGGAUUUUUCUCUAUCUAUAAUGGGAAGUCCGGCGAAGACGUUGUCAAGGUUCACAGUGUAGUCCAAGGAUUCUGUCGUGAUGAGCUUCGAAUUCGAGAUGAAGAAACAAAAGGGAAAGUAUCAACGCAUGAUGCCGGGUUUUAUGACUCUUGGCUCAUCGUUGCUAUCCACUUCCUGUACACCUCGUAUGAGGCUGCACGGGAGAGAAUGUCCCAUUAUUCUUGUGGACUUGUUCGUGACUAUCGCGAAUACGAGACGCACGCUUCCCGACUUAUUGAGCUCUUCCCCAAGAGAUCGAGCUCCACAUAUCCACCGGUCCUCCGAGAGGCGCGUAAGAAUUUGCAAGAGCUUCUGAGAAGUCUCAAGGAUGAGAUUGAGCGCAUGUCUCCGAGCUCCUCCCAGGAGUCCGCUCGCAAACAGCGCUCCGUGUUUGAUCGAUCGAGUAGCUCAUCCUCGUCCUAUCCCGAUUCUUCUGCUGAUGAAGGCAUUUCACGCCAGUCCACCUGGCCUUGGACCGAUGAUGGCUCUCGAACCGAUUCCCCAGAAGACAUGACAGCACCUCCUCGCUUCCAGUUAGAACCUUUUGCUCCACAUAUCUUCCGACAGGCUGGUUAUGAAUCUGAAGAAUUUGAAGGCUACGAAACGGAUGGAGAAGCGAGGGUCGCGCCCCGAAUGUCUCCUGCGCUUUCACAACUAAGCCAAUCCACUGAAAAGCCCCGUCGCUCACCCGCGGCGAGCCCUCCUGAUCAAUCUGAUGAGCAGGGUUGGCAGAUGGUGGAAGGGAGAACAAAGCCUCAGUCGAUUAGAGAAAGGCAGUCAAAAAGAAGGCCUAGAGGUCCGCGGAGGCUGCGAAGCACGAAGCCGCCUACCCCGGUAGUCAAGAUUUCGCCUGUCCAAGGCCGGGGUUCCUCCAGCCGAGUAUCCAAAGACAGUGGAAGCGACUCGACAAUACUGGCAUCCGCGGCUGAACGAGCACUGGCGGCUCUCCGUCGAUCUAUCAGCGGUCAAGAAAAUGGUCAUGCUGUGGGGGAACAGAGGAAGCCAACGCCUCCCAUGCUGGAAACUCCACAGCCCAACAAGGAGAACGUGCGGUCCUACGCAACAGUUGCAGCUCGCCGUAUACAAGAGACCCAGCUGCCACCCCGCCGCCCAGCGUCAGUACCUUCUGCUCGUCCUGCAGACCCCGUUGGACUUCAGAUGAAACCAUCCGUGGAAUCGCUUGAUAGUCAGGCAAGCUAUGUCUUCGCCUCUCCACUCGCUCGCGAGCUGGCACCUCAUGAACUUGCGUCAGAGCCCCUUAUGCGUUCUACGUAUAGUGAACCUGGCCGUGAUUUUCUAAGCCAAUCCGUAGCUGACCUGAACCUGCAUACUGCCCCUGGAUCUCAGCUUCAUUCUCGCAGAGGUUCACUAGCGCCAAUUGACUCUCUACGAGACUUAUCCGCUAGUACGCCCGCAAUUUUCCCAUAUACGGCCGCACUUCCAUACGACCAAGAUAUUACAGUCUCAAGACCCAGUCACCCACGGUGGGCUCAGGCGACUCCCAUACCUGCUCCGGCCCCAGGGCCGGCAUAUGGAUCGCCAAUCCAUCGUCCGCAAAUUGUCCCGAUCGCUCAUCCUUCUGCUAUGAUGCCGGGUGCGCUCCCACUCUCGAUGCCCACAGACGCGCCCAUUACCCAGACCAUGCAUCACCCAGAGCACCCGGGCUCCGAGGCUCUUUCCCGUGGCUCAUCGAGUCUUUCACACCAAUCCUGGGCUACAGAACCAGUCCGCUACCCACCUCGUUUCUCUCCGCUUCCAACAUUCCACCAGCCAGAUUAUCAACAACCUGGCGAGAUGCCUCGUAGCCCGACACCAAUGAUCGCAUCUCAAGCGCAGCUUCCUUCUCUGUCUGGGACCGGGGGCUGGGCUAGCGAGGUACCGAUCCUAGGAUCCGCCCUCCAAUCGGACACUCUCUACCCAAUCCCCGUUGGCUCUCGUUCCAGGGUUGGCUCAGUAGACGCGCGCCUCCAGGCCGCGGAUCCAGGCUGGAACCCUGAAAUGGAGCCCGCGCAGCUUCUGCAUUUCGGUGGCCACCGCGUCGAUGUGCGGGACGCACGUCAGCGCCUGAAUGAGGCGGCUCGGCUCCAGCUCCCGCGCCAUGUGCCCGCAUACCAGCUCUACCACCCUAACCUGUCGGGUCCCUUGAUACAGGACGGUGGGUUAGUCUAUGCCCCUGCCCCAGCGCUGGAGGUCUAUGGUACACGUGCAAGGAGUGGGAGCUCCCCCCCCUCGUCCUAA